UAAUUAAGAAGAUGAGCAGUUGUGUUUACCGUCUGCAAUAGGCUGCUUUCCCCCACGUCCCAGGCAGCCCUGGGAGAAGAGGCUGAGAAGUGUUCAUUGCAGCUCCCUACAACACAGGCGAAACAGGAAGCAGCUCUUCACUGGUAGGAUGUGUCCAGCCACCCUCCACUCUGCUCCGAGGGAAUGCUCUUCAGCUGACUGAAGCAGGGACACCGAGCCAAUCAGGGGCCGCUUUCCUAGCCCAGUCACCGGUUUGUGAGGUUGAGGAAAGGAAUUUUUUUUUUCCUUCAAUGCUCUAUAAAGGGGGGGCAGGCAGAUAAAAAUGCCAGGCUGGGCUUGCCUCAGGGGAUAAUCUCACCCUGUGUGAUGUGGUCCAAGAGUCUCUCGCCUGGCCCCAGCCACAGGAAUUGAGAAAUCAAGAGACAGUUCUCCCCACACAGGCCUGGGCUGCCUCUUGAGCGCUGGCCGUGGCUCCUGUAGCUGUUCUGCUUCUGCCUUGAGAGAGGUGCUCUGGAUUCUCAGCCCUCCAUGUAUGACAAUUUGUACCUGCAUGGAACUGAAGAUUCGGAGGCUGAAGAAUAAUGUGAUGUGUUACCCAAGAUGGUGUGAAAAAGCUUCCAGCCCAUGGAGAAGACUAGCCUAAAUAGCUGAGCCGGUGGAUUGAGACAUAAAACCACAGCUGGAGUGCCAGUGCAUUUAUGGCUGGGUCCGCGGACUCCUACACGAGCAGGCCGUCUGACUCAGAUGUCUCUCUGGAAGAAGACCGAGAAGCCAUCAGGCAGGAGCGAGAGCAGCAGGCGGCCAUCCAGCUGGAGAGGGCAAAGUCCAAACCUGUAGCGUUUGCUGUGAAGACGAAUGUGAGCUACUGUGGUGGCUUGGAUGAGGAUGUGCCUGUCCCGAGCACAGCCAUCUCCUUUGAUGCCAAGGACUUCCUGCACAUUAAAGAGAAAUACAACAAUGAUUGGUGGAUAGGAAGGCUAGUGAAAGAGGGCUGUGAGAUUGGCUUUAUCCCAAGUCCACUGAGACUGGAGAAUAUACGGAUUCAGCAAGAACAAAAAAGAGGACGCUUUCAUGGAGGGAAAUCCAGUGGAAAUUCUUCAUCAAGUCUAGGAGAAAUGGUAUCAGGGACAUUCCGAGCAACACCCACAUCAGCAGCAAAACAGAAGCAAAAAGUGACGGAGCAUAUACCUCCUUACGAUGUGGUGCCAUCCAUGCGCCCGGUGGUACUAGUGGGGCCGUCACUGAAGGGUUAUGAGGUAACAGACAUGAUGCAGAAAGCCCUCUUUGAUUUCCUGAAGCACAGGUUUGAUGGGAGGAUAUCCAUAACGAGAGUGACAGCUGACAUUUCUCUUGCUAAGAGGUCUGUCCUAAAUAAUCCCAGCAAGAGAGCAAUCAUUGAGCGUUCCAACACUCGGUCCAGUCUAGCGGAAGUACAGAGUGAAAUCGAACGAAUAUUUGAGUUGGCACGUUCGUUGCAAUUGGUCGUUCUUGAUGCAGACACCAUCAAUCACCCAGCACAACUUAUCAAGACUUCCUUAGCACCAAUUAUUGUUCACGUGAAAGUCUCGUCUCCAAAGGUUUUACAACGUUUGAUUAAAUCUAGAGGAAAGUCCCAAAGUAAACACUUAAACGUGCAACUGGUGGCAGCUGACAAACUUGCACAGUGUCCUCCAGAAAUGUUUGAUGUUAUACUGGAUGAAAAUCAACUUGAGGAUGCAUGUGAACACCUGGGAGAGUACCUUGAGGCGUACUGGCGCGCCACCCACACAACCAGUAGCACCCCCAUGACCCCACUGCUGGGAAGAAAUCUGGGCUCCACAGCUCUCUCACCAUACCCCACAGCGAUGUCCGGCUUACAGAGUCAGCGUACGCGACACAGCAACCACUCCACAGAGAACUCUCCCAUUGAGAGACGAAGUCUGAUGACCUCUGAUGAGAAUUAUCACAAUGAAAGGGCUCGGAAGAGUAGAAACCGCUUGUCUUCCAGUUCACAGCACAGCCGAGAUCACUACCCUCUGGUGGAAGAAGAUUACCCUGAUUCUUACCAGGACUCUUACAAACCCCAUAGGAACCGAGGAUCGCCAGGGGGGUAUAGCCACGACUCGCGACAUCGGCUUUGAGUCUGCAGAAACAACAGCAACAACAACAAAAAUCCAUCUGUUGACUAUUGCCAUGGCUCUGCUAGGAUCAACCAGUCAUCUUAAGCUGGCAAGUACAGCACAGUACUGACUGUGUCUGUGGGCUGCUGUCACUCAAUGCUAAGUAAGGGGCAAAAAAAAAAAAAAGAAAGAAAGAAAGAAAGAAAGAAAGAAAGAAAGAAAGAAAGAGAUGUACAUUAUGCCCUUCAGUCUAGAUGGGUAGUAGAUGUCCAAUUGCAUAGAUCUUUUUAAGUGCAGCAUUUACAUAAUGAGACCUUUUGUUUUCUUCAUUAGGUUUAGAGACACCAAUUUGUAAUUUAGGGUACUUAUCAAGGCACAUCUAAAAUAAUUUCCCAUGCUGGAAAUUCCAAAUGACCAGUUCCAGUUGGAACCAAUUUAUAAACCAAUUCCUGUUGGAAUUUGGGUGAAUUGACUAGAGAGUCUACUCGAGCAUGUUGCAAUCAAUUU